CCUGGUUUACAGUCAGGGUGGGAUGUAAAUGGAUCAGCUGAUGGAGCUGAAGCCGGCCAGCUUGGCUACGAUGAUGGAGGAUAUUCCUGCUGAACUUUGGAGGAAAACACACCGGGGAUGCAGAGGGAAAGGAUCGCUACGGUGGCGGAAAGGAGCGAAACACUGGAGACUUAUGGAGAGGAAGACAUACGAGCCGUGUCUCCCAUCUAUCAUCAUGGGCAACGUGAGAUCACUGGGGAAUAAGAUGGACGAGCUUACAGUGCUAACCCGAAGUCAUCAGGAAUACCGGGAGUGUAGUCUGAUGAUUUUCUCGGAGUCAUGGCUACACACGGAUGUUCCUGACCACAAUGUUUCCACUGUGGGUUUCCACACUGUCUGGGCUGACAGGGACUGCACUAAGAGCGGUAAGCGUAAAGGAGGUGGGCUUGCUGUUUACGUGAACAACAGGUGGUGCAAUCCUGGUCACAUCACAGUCAAGACUGCAUCUGCAGCCCGGAUAUUGAACUGUUAGCUGUGGGCCUCAGUCCUUACUAUUUACCCCAUGAAUUCUCACAUGCUAUUGUAGUGGCUGCGUAUAUUCCCCCGUCCACUAACCUGACGUCGGCAUGUGACAUCAUCCACUCUACAAUAGCCGUACUACAGACUGCACACCCGAGUGCUCUCAUUAUAAUCUCGGGUGACUUCAACCAUGUCUCUAUUAAAAAGACACUCCCGAGCUGAUGGUAGUGUGGCUAGGGCCAAUGAGUUAAAUCUGUUCUUCAAUAGGUUUGACACUGCAGCCCUGGCCCCUGUUGGCUCUCCUGCUGACUGUCUCCAGCCACCACCACUUCUGACCCCCCCUCCUCCUCCUGAUAGCACCUCAUCCAACUUGAUGAGCCCCUCACACCCAUCCCCCACUCCUCACACCUCCUCUGGCUCCCAUGCUACCUGCCCUCCUCUCACUUUGGACUUCAACUCUCCCCCUCCUCAACCUGCACUCUUUACACCUCUACAUGUUAGGAGACAGCUGAGCAAACUCCCCACCGGUAAGGCUGCAGGCCCUGAUGGUGUCAGCCCACGGGUUCUCAGAGCCUGCGCCGAACAGCUCUGUGGAGUGUUUCAUCGUGUCUUCAACAUGAGCCUGAGCCUCCAGAGGGUCCCUGUGAUAUGGAAGACCUGUGCCAAAGACGCUGCAGCCCAGCGGUCUCUCGGACUACCGACCGGUGGCACUGACGUCACAUAUCAUGAAGACCCUGGAGAGACUCGUCCUGGAGCAGCUCAGGCCUAUGGUCAGGCCGCACCUGGAUCCCCUCCAGGUCGCCUACCAGCCCCGGAUUGGAGUUGAGGAUGCCCUCAUUUACCUGCUGAACCGCGUCUACGCCCACCUGGACAAGCCGGGGAGCACUGUGAGGGUCACGUUCUUUGACUUCUCCAGUGCUUUCAAUACCAUCAGGCCUGGUCUACUGGGUGACAAGCUGACGGCGAUGCUGGUGGAUCCCCCCCUUGUGUCCUGGAUUGUGGAUUACCUCACUGGCCGACCACAGUACGUGCGUUUGCGGCAAUGUGUGUCAGAUACAGUGGUCAGCAACACCGGGGCCCCACAAGGGACUGUCCUCUCUCCUUUCCUCUUCACCCUUUACACCACGGACUUCAGCUACCAGACAGAGUCUUGCCACCUCAGAAGUUUUCUGAUGACUCUGCUGUCAUUGGAUGUAUCAGCAAGGGUGAGGAGGCUGAAUACAGGGCUGUGGUGGAUAACUUUGUCUCAUGGGGCGGCACUAGCUCAGUCCAUAGGGACUUGGGUUGGGAACCGAAGGAUCGCCUGUUCAAGUCCCCGUCCGGACCAAAAAUAUGGAGCGUGGACUGGUAGCUGGAGAGGUGCCAGUUCACCUCCUGGGC